AUGCCUUCACAGUCCUCCUACUCCGUCUCGUUCAGCUCUUACAGCUCCUUCAGCUCCUCCACCAACAAUGGCCAAGCACAGAGGACUGCAUAUGCGGAGCGAAGCUACACAGACGGCUCCGGCACCACAACCGAGCGCCUGUCCCAGCUGCCCGGCCAAGCACCUGUCCACGAGCGAGUCGAGCAGCCCAGUGGUGGACGUCGUCAAGUCCAGGGCGCGCAGGUGUCCACGCAGAAUCGCAUCCAGGACGUGACGGAUGCCGACGAGGAGUAA